GCAGCCUGGCGAUCCCGAGAAAGCAUGGCAGCGGCGCAGGGCACCCCGGAGUCGGAUACCGGGAGCUUCGAGUGCUUCAGAAACUACACGGCGCCGGAGGUGUUUGUGCAGGGCCUCGCGGGCAUCGUCGACCAGCAGGACGUGGAGUCGAUGAUACGCGCGCAGAAACAGAUGUUACAAAGAUUUGAAAAAACCAACGAGAUGUUGACAAACUGCAAUCAGCUGUCAGUGAACAGGCUCAAGACGGCUGGCACGGAAUUCAAGAAGCACAGCGCUCUUCUCGUUGAGAUGAAGAGGGAUCUGGAUUACAUUUUUAAAAAGAUCCGCCUGAUCAAGAAUAAAUUGAGCCAGCAGUAUCCGCAGGCGUUCAAUGAGGCGGUAAGGAGCAGCCUGGCGGAGGAGGUUAUCGUGGAGGACGUCGAUUGCCCGGUGAAACCCCUCGAGCCGGAAAUCGUGCCGUUGCCAUCCGCCCCGGCUCGCGACACUGCCGAUCAAGAUCCCGAUUCAGAUGUGCCGGUCGAGGAGUUUCAAUUCGCGAAGCUGCGCAAACGGCGAAUAAAGAGUAACGACAGCUCGUCGACGGAGAGCAACAACGAUCACAGUAACGCCGAGACGUCGUCCUGCACGUCCGACACCGGCUGAAAGAAAGCCAGGGUCAGAGUAAUGCGAGAAAGAGGGAGAGAAAUGAGAGGAAAAAACGCUUUUGUGUCAUAUAAAUUGUCGCAAAGAGAGAGAGAGAGAGAGAGAGAGAGAAAAAAACAAAGAUCGGACUCUGCACGCACACCGGGCCACUUCGAAUGUUCGCUCGGGAGCGUACGGGCUAAAAAUCAAUCGGCCGAAUCGAUCGAUCGAUCAAUCAAAGUAAGGCAAUAAGGGAGGUCGGGAGGCGCGGAAUCACGAGGCCGAGGUCGGCGUCGACAGGCCGUCGUCGCCUCCAAUCGCACCGUCGCACAGCGUAUCUCGAUGUAGCUGUGCGAGCGCAGCGAGCUUGUGACUGCACUGUCAAUGUUGAGAAAUUGAAAUAAAUUCUUUGUACAUGGUA